UCCCUUUCGCUUCUUCUUCUUCUUCUACUUCUCUUCUCCCUCGCCAUUGCCAUGAAUCCGAGCUCCAAACUUCGCUAAUGGCGGCGCAGAAGACCACGCUGGCGCGCACUCCAUCAUCGCUUCUCCGCUCCCCGACUCUCCGCUCCUCCCUCAACGAAGACAACCCACCGGAUGAGAAGAAAACCCGCCAUUCCUCUCCCAAACCCUUCUGCACCAUCUUCUUCUUCUUUUCACCGUUUCUCCUCCUACUCCUCUACCUCUACUUCAAGAACGAAUACCCUUUUCUCAGCAGCAUCGUCUUCGUCUCCGCACUGCUCGCGCUCUGUUUCAUCCUCGCCUCCAGAUCCGGCUGCUUUCGAUUCCAAAAUCGGAAUUUUCGCCGUGGGGAUUCGGUUGAGUGGUUCAUCGGAGAGGAGAAGAAGGCGAGCAAGAAGAUCGUGAGGGAAGGUGUGGAGUUCUACAGCAAUGGCGAUGUCUACGAGGGUGAGUUUCAUAAAGGGAGAUGUAAUGGAAGUGGAGUUUAUAGUUUCUUUGGGCAUGGGAGGUACGAAGGGGAUUGGAUUGAUGGGAAGUAUGAUGGAUUUGGGAUUGAGAGCUGGGCAAGAGGGAGCCGGUAUAGAGGGCAGUACCGGCGAGGAUUGAGACAUGGGUUUGGGGUUUAUAGGUUCUUUAAUGGUGAUUGCUACGCUGGUGGUUGGCUUAAUGGGCAGAGCCAUGGAAUCGGAGUUCAGAGUUGCUCUGAUGGCAGCUCCUAUGUUGGGGAGUUCAAUUGUGGUGUUAAGCAUGGCCUUGGUUGCUAUCACUUCAGGAAUGGCGACAGGUAUUCGGGUGAAUACUUUGCAGACAAGAUACAUGGUUUCGGUGUGUAUCACUUUGCCAAUGGCCAUUGCUAUGAGGGUUCGUGGCAUGAAGGCCGAAAACAAGGUUUCGGGACAUAUAUGUUCCGCAAUGGUGAUUCAAGAUCCGGAGAAUGGGAUUGUGGAGUUCUCAAGAGCCCCCAUCCCGCAUCCGACCCUUCUGUCCUGCAUGCCAUUCAUGCUGCUAGAAAAGCUGUGGAGAAUGCAGCUCUGCUUCCCCGUGUUGAUGACCAAGUAAACAAGGCCGUUGCUGCUGCCAAUAGAUCAGCCACUGCUGCACGAGUGGCUGCCGUUAAAGCCGUGCAAAAUCGGACAGAUGGGAGAUUUUGUGACAUUGAUGUUUGAUAUCAAGUAUCAAUUUGUAUGUUUUAGGUUCAAUCUUGGAACAAUCAAGCUGACAAAUGUCCCCUUUUGGUUUUUAGAAAUACAUAUACUACCGAAUGCUUCACUAUUGUAAGUUGUACAUAGAAGUACUGAGUUGUAUAUGAAGUUUCAAUGAAAGUUUUGGCCAGAUUUGUGAUU